UGUCGGCGGACGCUACCUAGAGACGUCGCGACGUCUAUAAAACUAGAUCGAUCGUUCCUAAAACAAAUGUUCAAUCCUUGAUUAUCUCACCUGUUUAGAGAAACGAGUGGCGUGAGAUGUUAGGUUUAAACAUGGGGUGGAUUAGUAAGGAAGACUUAUCUGGAGAAAAAGGGAAGUUAUUAGACGUAAAUGAUCACGAGAUCGAAGAUGAUGCCCUCGACCAUGUCAGAAAGAACUUGGGCGAAUCGAACUGUUCCGAUAGAAUGGCUGACAAUGAUUUGAUUUUUUUGAAAGGCUUGAUGGAUAGUCCAAUAUUGAAGAACAUAGUCAAGGUACAAGAUCGACUAGAGGAGCCCCCUUGUCUCCCGAAGCCAGUAUCGACAGAUACCAAGGACCUGUUCAAGGAGCUCCUGAUCCGAUGUAACAUUUCCAGGACUCGAGAAGCAAGAGAAUUGUCCGCUUUACUCGGCAAGCCGCACUUCAAAGCCCUCCUAGAAAUACACGAUGAUGUAGCGAAAUGCCUAUCAGAUCCAGACAGGAGUAACAGAAAACAGGAACCCGUAGAUGUUAAAGUAGAAACUCCAUCGGAAAUCAAGGAAAUCACAGGAGAGAUGAUGCGAAUGGUGGGAAUUAGGAAGAAGGGGAACGAACCACUUGGCUUAACGAUACAAGUGAACGAGAAUGAAAAUCUGGUCAUAGCGAGGAUUAUCGAAGGUGGCAUGAUAGAAAAGCAAGGCCUGCUGCACGUAGGAGAUGUUAUUUUAGAAGUGAACGGAAUACCAGUGAAAACACCUGAAGAUCUCCAGAGUGAAAUAGCAAAGAGCAACGAAUCAGUCACGCUGAAAGUUGGCCAAAGCAGCCCAGAAACUCACGCUGCCUUGGUUAACUCGAACGGCUAUAAAAAUGGCACUCUCAAGAGAUCCACGUGUUUCAUGAGAGCCCUCUUCGAGUAUGACCCCCAAGAGGACACCCUUCUGCCCUGCAAAGAGAUAGGUCUGCCAUUCGAGAGGGGAGACAUCCUCCAGAUCGUCGACCAAAGAGACCCCAACUGGUGGCAGGCGAAGAAGGUCGAUGGUAAUGGUUCCACCGGUCUCAUCCCCUCCUUGGAGUUGGAGGAGAGGAGGAAGGCCUUCGUACCUCCAGAGGCGGAUUUCGUGCACAAGAUCAGCAUCUGCGGCGCCAGGAUAUCCAAGAAGAAGAAGAAGAUCAUAUAUAAGUCGAAGAGCAACGGAGAUUUCGACAAGGCCGAUCUUCUGUUGUACGAGGAAGUGACGCGAAUGCCGCCUUUCAAAAGAAAGACGUUGUGUUUGAUUGGUGCUCAGGGUGUGGGGAAGAGGACGUUGAAAAAUAGACUGAUAAACAGUGACCCGGACAAAUUUGGAGGCGUUAUACCACACACUUCACGGCCUCCCAGAGUGUUGGAAGAGAAUGGUCAAAGCUACUGGUUCAUAGAUAGAGAAACAAUGGAAGAAGAUAUCAAGAACAACAAAUUCUUAGAAUAUGGAGAACACAAUGGUCAUCUCUAUGGAACCCACUUGGAUUCGAUCAGAGACGUUAUCAAGCAGGGUAAAAUGUGUAUCCUCGAUUGCAGUCCUCUAGCCCUGAAAAUCUUGCAUAACAGUUCGGAAUUUCUGCCCUACGUGAUUUUCAUAGCUGCCCCUGGUAUGGAGCAGCUGAAGACGCUUUACGAUGCCGCAACCAUAGGCAGAAGCACCAAUAGCUUGAGAUAUUCUAGUCGAAAUUUAUCAACGAGGAACUUGUCGACCAGGAACUUAUCGUUUGACCGACAGUCUUCGAUUAGAUACAGUUCGAGGAGAGCUAGAACAUUGGAGUCGUUGGCGUCAUUAUAUGAGGAGGAAGAUUUGAGGAGGUCGCUGGAGGAGAGUGCAAGCAUGCAGAGGACUUACGAUAAAUACAUAAACCAGGUGGUUGUUAAUAACGAUUUCGAUGUUACAUUCCGGCAGAUCGUAGAAGCUUUGGAUACGUUGACAACGGAACAUCAGUGGGUCCCGGUCAAUUGGAUUUAUUAAAACUUCGAGUCUCACAUGAAAUUUUUCUUUCGGAAAUGGGUACCCUUUUGCUUUCCUUUUUACAUGAGCUACGCAAGUUUGCCUUCGCUAAGACGCUUCUGGAUCAGAUAUUUUCGGUUAGAAUAUAGAUUUAUUGUAUAAAAUAUUAAAGAGAGGAUUUAAAAGUGAUAUAUGCUUUUUGUAUGAUUUUACACAGUAUUAAAUUAACUGCCUUAUGAAUGUGCUUAGAUAUUUUGAUAUGAAUUCAUCGAAAAUGAUGGAGUUUUAGUAUUAAUAUUCUUUUCAAGUUUUUUAACGGUUUUUUCUUUCGAAUCAAACGUUGUUGAAAUAUUUCGAGUUCGAAAUCUUAUUUAACCAUAUAAUUCUCAAAAAAUAUAGUUGAAUAUGCUAUAAAUGAAGUUUAUAGUUGUGCGAUAUUAGGGUAGAAGUUUAUAAUAUUAUUUUUGACACUGAGAGGUUCAUUUAAUAGACUAGUUGUAUUGAAAAUCUUAAUUUUUUGCUUAUUUUUAAGUUGUAAAUUCUAUGGGAUAGUAUAUUUGUACAUAUUGGCUAUUCCAUAGCAAACAGAAACUCUGAAAGCAGCUAAAUAUCGUGUUUGGGUAUCUUACAGAAGAUUUCCCGGACAUGAUUGUACAUAUUAACAUUAGUAUUGUAUAUUUUUUAAGGUAUCUUUGUUGAUUUCAUUGAGUUAUUGUACUAUAUAAGUUGUCUAGUAAAAAUUUGCAAUAAAAUGAUUUAUUAGUGUUAUGCAGCAUAGUACAAAUUAAUCACAUCGAAGAAAUCUUAACAGUCGAUUAUUAUAUGGAAGUAUCACAUGCUAUAAAUAAUUUUAUAUUAUUGUACUAUAUUUUAUAAUUGUGUUUUGAAAAUUAACUUUCUUUCGAGUUAAUAUUCAUUCAUGGAACUUAUGGAAGCAAGCGAGUAUUUAGGUUUAGGUAUAGUAGAUAACCGAAUUUCAUAACUGUUUGGUGCUACUAUUUAGUUUUAAGUAGAAAUCUAUCUUUGCAAAAUUAACCCUGCACAAUUUUGAGAUCAACUCCGAACUUUUGUUCAUAUAGAAUAUUAUCUAUUUUAUAUUAUGUGAACCAAAGUUGGAAUCUAUAUAAAUAUGUACUUGUAUUUUUUUUUCAAAAUAUUGUGUUGAAGAAUUGUUUUAAUAUUCGGUAUUAUAUUUAGAGUCAGCGUAAUUCAAUGCAAAAUAUAAAAGGACUUUUCCAUUUAUUAUUAUAUAUAAAGCCUAUCAUAUUAUCUUCAUUAUCGUUAAGAGACAUGUCAAUUACGCGUGUACGAGAGUAUUAUGAAAAGCCUUUUCUGUAUAAAUACUGUACAAUGAAAAUUAAACUGCAUAUAGUCUUAGGACAGAAUUGUAUAUUGAGUUUUUGCUACAGCUUUACAUACGUGUAGUUUUGUAAGUAUCACAUCACUUUUAUUAAUCAUUUUAUAUGAACGUUUAUCUUUAAGACAUUGCUUAUUUUAUAAUAUGUUGUUUAUAUUUUUAUUAGCCUUAUUUGAAGCCGUCCAAAUGUUCAGGGAUUUGUUUUUUUAAACUCUCUGUUUACAUUAAAUGUAUUAUAAUUUUAUUUUUCAUCAUUUUAUUUCUAUGUAAUGGAGAAAUAAUUUUUAAAUAAAAUUUUGUUGUAUUUGAA